GCCACUUUCUCCUCCAAAUUUUCUUUAAUUUAUAGUCUCUUCCUUUUCGUUUGCUUUUUUCUACCUCGAAGCUCACACGAACACACCAUCUUUAGUAUUCUUUUUCUUCUUCUUCUUCUUCUUCUUCACCUUCUCUUUCACCUCUUUUCUUUUUGUUCACUACUUUUCCUUUAUUACCCAAUUGAGUGACAUACAAGAACUCCAUUACCAUCAUCAUUACAUAAACUUUAGCUGUCUCUCUUAUCUCUUUGGUUUUCACCUUUGCUUCCUUUUAUGUCCUAAACAACAAGACACCCACCACUCAAAAAGAGAGAUUUUUUUUUUUAACAAUUUUUCCUUUUGUUUUUCCCCAUCCAAGAAAAUUGCCACUACAAGUUUCUUUCUUUCUUUCUUUUGUUUCUUGAUUCUUGAUUGUUGGUUUUGACUUCAGUUUUCCAUCUGGGUCCCCAACUUUUGUUAGAUUAAUUCACUCAAAAGAAAAAUUUCUUUCUUUCUUUCUUUACCUUUCUUUCUUUGUUGUUAAUUUCUCAAUGGAAAAAGAAAAGCUCUUUAUGAGUGAAGGAGUCAACAGCAGAGAAGUACCCAUUUGGAAUUCUUGCAAUUUUGGGAUGGAAAUAUCAUCAUCAAAUGAGCUGAAUUCAGAUCAAAUUCCCAAUUCUUUUUUCAAUUCCAAUUGGGAAAACUCGAUGGAUCAGAGCGAUCCCUUUGAGUCUGCUUUGAGCUCAAUUGUCUCAUCUCCCAAUGCAAAUGCCGUUCCUAAUAGUAAUGGUGACCCUGUUAUGAUCAGAGAACUCAUUGGAAGAUUGGGAAACAUUUGCAACUCUAGAGACAUUUCUCCACAGUCUUAUAUUAACACUAACAACAAUAAUAGUACUAAUACUUCAUGUUAUACUACUCCUCUGAAUUCCCCUCCAAAGCUUAACAUUUCAAUCUUGGACUCACAGAUCAGAGGGAAUACUAAUACUAAUAACAGUCACAAUCUUCCCAUUGCAAGUUUAGCACCAUUGCCAGCUGACCCUGGUUUUGUAGAGAGAGCUGCAAGGUUUUCUUGUUUUGGUUCAAGCAGGAACCUUUCUGGCCUAAGUGGGCAAUUUGGAUCAAAUGAAUCCAGUUUCCUGUCUAGAAUUCCUGCCACUGGAUCUCAAGUGAAUGCAAGUAAUGUUCAACAAGCCGUGGCAGAUGGGAAACCAAAUUCUGAUAGGAAAUUGAAUGUGAUAUCAAGGUCUUCGACGCCAGAGAAUGCAGAAUUUGGAGACUCCAGAGAGGAAUCUUCUCUGUCUGAGCAGAUCCCAGGUGGGGAAUUGAGCAUCAAAGUCCAGAAUAAUAAUGAUUUCAGUGUAAGGAAAAGGAAGGCAAUUCCUAGAGGAAAAGCUAAAGAAACUCCCUCUUCAUCUCCUUCCGCUUCUGACGUUAAGGUUGCAGCAGAGAAGGAUGAAUCAACUGCAAAAAGAAGCAAAUCAGAUGAAGCUAAUGGCCAUGACAAGGCUAAAGCAGAACAAAAUGGGAACCAGAAACAAAAUAAAGAUAAUACAAAGCUACCUGAGCCACCAAAGGAUUAUAUCCAUGUCAGAGCUAGGAGGGGUCAGGCUACUGAUAGCCACAGUCUAGCUGAAAGAGUACGGAGAGAGAAAAUUAGUGAAAGGAUGAAAUUCCUUCAAGAUCUUGUUCCCGGUUGUAACAAGGUAACUGGGAAAGCAGUUAUGCUUGAUGAGAUCAUAAACUAUGUGCAGUCAUUGCAGCGCCAAGUUGAGUUUCUUUCAAUGAAGUUAGCAACCGUGAAUCCAAGAAUGGAUGUUAACAUGGAAGCUCUUUCCAAGGAUGUUUUUCAAUCUUUUGGUUCUCUGCCGCAUAGUCUAUAUCCAUUAGAUUCCUCGGCAGCUUUAGCAUUACCUUAUAGUUACCAGUCUCAGCAAGGGGUACCCUUGCCCAAUGACAUGUCUAGCAAUGCAGAAACUCAAUUCUCAAUGAAUGCUCUGUUGCGGCGAAACCACAGCAUGCAGCUGCCCCCACUUGAUGGAUUCGGUGAUGCAGCAGCCCGUCAGGUUUCUGCAUUCUGGGAGGAGGAACUUCAAAGUGUAGUGCAGAUGGGAUUUGUGCAGAAUCAGCAGCAGGGUUUUCCUCUUCCUGCAGGCUCACUGCCUGGAGCUCAGAUGAAAGUGGAGCUAUGAUUAAUUAUUAUUAAUCAACAAUUCAUAAAUACCAUUGAAGCCCCAAGUAAAAGAAGGAGGCAUCUGUAUAUAAAUCCAGGAUCGAAGUUCUGGUUUGGAUCACUCUUUUUAGCUUUGAGGAAAAUCAUUUGAUUAUUAGCUCUCUGUAAUUUAUGCAACUAAUUCUUUUGGAGAAAUUCUUAUAUAAAAGAACCACAUUUUGUAAAAUGUACAACUAAUUGCAAGCAGCGUUGCAACAACUCUAUAUAGACAUCACAUUUCAUCUUUGUAACAUGUCAAAGGAGAAAACUGUUGGAGGGUUGAGAGAUUUUCUUUUUUUCAUUUUAACUACUUUUAUUUCAAUUAUUUUAUUAUUAUUGCUGUAUUUAUGUUGAGAUUGGAAAAUAACAUAAUCAAAAUUUAAUAUUUUAUUCUA